GGUGACUCUCGGCUGGGCAGAGCUGAUGAAUGUCAGUGAUCCCUGGGAGGCUAACCAAGCCAAGCACCUCCUUCUCCUUCCGCUCCGAAAUCGCCUUUGACCACAAUUAAUGCGUCACCUGAAUUCUCUGCAGCAGUUCACAGAGCACCGGCAAAAUUUCCAUCCUUGAGGACCUUGAGUUUGCGGAGGAAGAAAGCAUGGGAGCGGGAGCAAGUGCAGAAGACAAAAAGUCCAAGGAGUUGGAAAAGCAACUCCAAGAGGAUGCUGACAAGGACUCCAAAACGGUCAAGCUCCUGCUGCUUGGUGCUGGCGAGUCAGGGAAAAGCACCAUUGUCAAGCAGAUGAAGAUUCUGCAUCAGGGUGGUUACACAAAAGAGGAACAGAUGGAGUUCAAAAGCAUCAUCUACGGCAACAUCCUGCAGUCGGCUCUGGCCAUCAUCAGAGGCAUGGAGAUGCUGGGCGUGGAUUUCGGCUCCCCCUCUGCACAGGAGAAUGCCCAGAAGCUGCAGAACCUGGCCGACUCCAUCGAGGAAGGCACCAUGCCCGCCGAGCUGGCCGACGUCAUCCAGAAGCUGUGGAAGGACUCCGGCGUGCAGGCCGGCUACGAAAGAGCCGCCGAGUACCAGCUCAACGACUCUGCUGGCUAUUACCUCAACGAAUUGGACAGAAUCUGCAAAGCCGACUACUGCCCCACCGAGCAGGACGUGCUCCGAUCUCGAGUGAAGACCACCGGUAUCAUCGAAGAACAGUUCUCCUGCAAAGAGCUGCACUUCAGGAUGUUCGACGUGGGAGGUCAGAGGUCAGAGAGAAAGAAGUGGAUCCAUUGUUUCGAGGGUGUGACCUGCAUCAUCUUCUGCGGCGCCCUCAGCGCGUACGACAUGGUGCUGGUGGAGGAUGACGAAGUGAACCGCAUGCACGAGUCCCUCCAUCUAUUCAACAGCAUCUGCAACCACAGAUUCUUUGCGCUGACCUCCAUUGUUCUGUUCCUCAACAAGAAGGAUCUUUUCGAGGAGAAGAUCAAGAAGGUCCACCUGAGCAUCUGCUUCCCAGACUAUGACGGCCCGAACACGUACGACGACGCCAGCAACUACAUCAAGACGCAGUUUUCGGAGCUGAACAUGAAGAAGGGCGUGAAAGAAAUCUACAGUCACCUGACCUGUGCCACGGACACAAAGAACGUUGAGAUUGUGUUCAACGCCGUCACGGACAUCAUCAUCAAGGAGAACCUUAAAGACUGUGGUCUUUUCUAAGCAGCGCGCCUCGUACCAGAAGUCAUUUUGGCCCCCCCGCCCCCCCAUAUUGGCGUUGGUGUGCUGACGGCGCACCAGGGAUCCACCAGGGUUUAGCGUAUUCAUGCCGGGCACGGCUCCAUGACGGCACCUCUCCUAUCACGCAUCCAACCACCCACCCCCCCACCCCCCCGCCACCGAGAGAAGGCCAGCAGGGUGUGGACGUGCAGGUUUUACUGGUUUCAGUCCCAAAUACUAGUAGCCGCCAGGAUUUGAAGAUGACCUCAUUGUCCCCUCCGACCUUGGCCGCGCUCCCAUCGGCCCAAAGAGAGUUAAGAUGAAUGUUUGUGUAGCAUCAUUGCAUUCUUGUUUUCUUGGAGUUCCAUAGUUGCUGUUGUCCUGAUUGUUGCCCAGCUAUAUUAUAUUUCAUAUUUCUCAUGCGCUUGCAGAACAUCAGAACACACGACGUACGGUAGUGAUGAGUUCUAUCCACCCAACCUUGGAAGGUAAAAAUAUACGCUCAAAUAUGUUAGACCAUCUUUGUACAUAAGAGUAGUUCAUUCAUGAUAUUGUGAAGGAUAAUCAAAUGUAUAUGCUUAUAUACACAGGGUAACUAAGAGAGAAAGGGGGGCAAACAGUAGAGAGGGGUAAUACUUUAUUAUUCAAAGGGAAUGAAAAUCUCCAGUUUGUCCUUUCUUAUGCAACGUAGUCAUGAAUUAAAGCUGCAUUAACCUCA